AAGACAGAACGAGAGAAGAGACCAAUAUGAAGAUCUGCCCAUAAUAGAAUGGAAGCCCUAAUUCAAACCACCACGAUUACACUUCAGCCGCACUAUCAAACACAAAUGGCGAUCCAAGAGCUACCUGAAGACCUGCUCGUGGAGAUCCUGUCUCGGCUUCCGGUGAAACUCCUCCUCCGAUCCAAAUCCGUCUGCAAAUACUGGUACUCUCUCCUCCGAACCCCUGGCUUCAUUUACCUCCACCACGAUCGCGCCGCCUCCAUCGCCGCCGCUGAAAACACCGACUGCCUCCUCGUCAAGCGGUUCCUCGACCGUGGCGAGGGCGGCGUCGUGCUGUCCUUUGUCCCCGACGAAACCCCAGUUGAAGAUAUAGACAUAUCUUCCACUGGUCUAGAUAUUAAACAACUGCAAAUCUUGGGUCCUUGUAAUGGCGUCGUCUGUCUCACGCGAUUCGCUUUAAACUCCACGAUUGUUAUAUGGAACCCUUCAAUGAAAGAAUUCAGGGUACUGCCUUUACCCUCUUAUAAAAAUGACCACAUAAGCAAUUUGGGAUUUGGGUAUGAUCCCUUUACAGAUGAUUAUAAAGUGGUUAGAUUCGGCAUGAUGAGUACUGGUUUACCCAUUGGAAACAUCGAUGAAAAGAUUGAAAUAUAUGAAUUGAGAACAGAUUCUUGGAGGGAAGUUGAUGGUGAGUCCCCUAUCGAGUCCGGGUUGCACUGUAUUUAUCAUUCGUAUGCAUCAUGGAAUGGGGACUGUUUCUGGUACGCCUGCCCUCCACUUGGCUACCAUCAUCAUGGUGGUCCAGUGAUUAUGGCAUUUAGUAUGUCUGACGAGGUGUUUGAAGAGUUGCCCGUGCCAGAAGUUUGCUUGUUAGACGACCACAGUGAAAAGAGACUUUUCGUUUUGAUUGAUUCCCUUGCCAUGGUAAUUUAUCCGCAGGGGUGGGCAAACCCCUCUUGGCUUCCACCUGAGGAGUUUUCGUUCAUGAAGUCCUUUGACAUAUGGGUAAUGAAUGAAGAGGAUGUGGAGGUGUCAUGGACUAAAAAGUUCACUAUUGGACCCUUGCAGGGACUCGAUUGGGCAUUGGGAUUUCGGCAAAAUGGUGAGUUCCUUGUUGAGAGCACCUAUGGACAGAUGAUGUCGUACAACCUUAAUACUCGAGAAAGAAAGGAGUAUGAAGUCCAUGAUCAAGUACAAGGCCAUCCUCCACCACCACAUAUACAAGCUCUUCCAUAUAUAGAGAGUUUGGUUUCUGUCAAAAGACAGCAAUGAGCAUGAUGGACAUGUAUGAGUCACAGAUAUAACUCCAUUAUGGGUCGUUGUAAACCUCAGCUGAUAAAAUUGUACAUUUCUUGCUGCGUAAUGGGCUCGCCAGUCCUUUAGGUGGUUGUUGUCAUUGGCAAUACUGCUGAUGGAAAAAGAAAAAGGCAAAUCAAUUGUUCCAAUCAGCUCUAAGAGGUCUCCUUGACAGUCAUGUAUGGCAAUUUCUUCUGUUAUGCAAAUAGAUGCAGAGGAGGGAAAGGUUUGAGUUUCAUGGCUCUGAAGAUGGACAGUCAUCUUUAUUAUCUCGUGUCCUAGCAGCCAUGUUUGUUACCUUGUGUGUUGACUUUGCAAACCUUGAGUGGUUGGAAAAUACGUUUUGGGCUGCACAAUGGGCUCAUGAGUCAUUUAGGUGGUUGCAAUCCUAAUGAAGGUAUAGAAGAAGGUAAAUGAGUGGGUUCCUAUCAGCUUCUCAGAGGUCUUUUGGACAGUCUUCUAAGGCAGUUUCAUCCGGUAUGCAAAUAGAUGCAGAGGAGUGAAAGGUUUGAGUUUCAUGGCUUGGACAAUGGACAGCCAUGUUUGUUGUCUUGUGUCUUGAGUUUAAUCGUUGUCUUGUGUCUUGAGUUUACUUGUCUUAUCUUCCAAUGGGAUUUACUUGCCUCCAAACAUGGUCUUAAUCUUACUAUUUCUGAAUUUGUUAUUUUAAUGUCAAGAAAUGUUUUACA